GCGGUACACAAAAUUCCUUUAGUUUUUUACCGUUCUGUGAACAGUUCGCCAUAUUUUCGCCUGGCUAGCUAGGUAGCUAAAAUGAUGCCAAGCUAUGGUCAUGUAGCGACUAUUGCAGCAGGAAUUGCUGGCGUUACAUUCCUGGGAUAUUGCAUUUACUUCGAUCGGAAACGUAGAAGCGAUCCUUUAUUUAAACAAAAAUUGAGGGAAAGAAGAGCUAAUGCAAAGAAAAAUGUUGGUAAAUCAUCAUCUGAUCUGAAUUUGCCUGACAUGAAAGAUCAAGAGGCUGUUCAAAAAUUUUUCUUAGAAGAAGUUCAAAAGGGAGAAGAGUAUCUUGGCCAAAAUGAUUUUGACAAUUGUGUAAAACAUCUAACAAAUGCUAUUGCUGUAUGUGGACAACCACAGCAACUGUUGAAUGUGUUCAAGCAAACAUUACCUCCAAACGUCUUCCAAAUGUUGAUUCAGAAUUUAGCGUUACUUGGCUCUGUGCAAAUGCAGCAGAUGCAAAAGGCGGCAACAUCAGGUGAUACCGAUGGCUUGGAUUGAAUUAAUGCUACCAUCAAAUAUAUAAAAUUAUGGGAUCGAAGUGAAAUAUAAAAGGAUAUAUGCCAUCUUUUUCAAGCACAAAAACAUUACUCAGUGUUUUGAUACAAAAUUAUUGUAUAUUAUGUAUAUGCUUUAUACUUUGAGUCUUCUUUCUUAAAAGAUAAAAAUAUUUUGGUGA